AAUUCGCCCAAAAUGGUGGUAUUGUGUGGUCUUGUUGUUGUUGUUGGUGGCAAAAUCUAAAUGGAAAAAUACACAAGCACGCGUUAAUUUUCUUCAUUAACAAAUAUUUAACUUAAUUUAUUACAACAUAUAGUUGAUGAGCAAAAAAUCCGCGUUUUCACAACGCACACAGACGUAAAAAGAAAUUAUUUUCUAUUUUCGUUCAGUUUUUUGACAUUUCAUAUCGACAGUUACCAGAUUGCUUUUUUGUUUAUACGGUAAUCAAAAAAAACGCAACUUUAUUAUAGUACAGUGUGCUCUGUAUAUAGUGCACUACUUGUUUUUGUUUUUCAAAAUGAGUGAUUCCGAAUAUGAAGAAGAAGAAUUUCUAGUAUUUGCCGAUUUCAAAAAUCAAAUAUUUCCCGAACAACUAUCUGAUGAAAAUUCAGCAAUAAAAAUAAUUGGAGUUGAAAGCAAAAAUCCGGUGGCUGAAAUUAAUGGAAAUAUUUUUAAGGGAACAUAUGAUUAUGCCAUGGGAACUGAAGUAUUUUUGGAAAAAGACCCAGAUGCACCACCACCAGAUCCGCUUUACGAGCAAAGCUGUCGACAAAAGUAUAAAGUAAUUGGUAAAACCAAUAAAGUCAUUAAUUUUCAGCGCAUUUAUGUUGAGAAAAUAUCGGAAAAGAAAGAAUGUGAAGAUGAAGCAGAAGGUGGUGAAGCAUCAACCGAUACAACGACAACAACUGAAGAUAAUUUACGAUUGAACAUAACCUAUGAAGAGGCAAUUAAGCAGUUUCCUAAUGUCAAUGAUCCACAAUGGAAAGAGAAAGAUUUGUUUUAAAUUAAUGUUAAAAUUACUUGUAAUUAAUAAUAAAAUAUAGAA